CGUCGCGAAGUGCGGAUCGCACAGUGAGUAUCAAGAAAUCCGGAGCUCUUGUUACAUUGGGACACGUCACGGCUACCUCGAAAGGCGUCCCGUUUCACGGCCAACGCUAGUGGCUCACCUGACGCAAGUUUGCACUACAUUGCCCAUUGUGGGUUGAAUUUCCUUGCCGGUUGUUGUCGCUUUCGUCGGCCGAUAGUGGAAACCGAUCGCUGAUCGUAUCAUGUCUUGGUACUAUACGCCUGUUCCAACCGUUGUUCCAGCGGAAAAUUUCAACCCAUCAGAAGAUGCGGGCGCACUGCGGAAAGCGAUGAAGGGUUUCGGGACGGAUGAGCAGGCGAUCAUCGACAUAUUGUGCUCGCGUAGUAACGCCCAGCGACAGAUGAUCGAGGCGGCCUUCAAAAACGAGUUGGGCCGUGAUCUAGUGAAAGAUCUGAAAUCGGAGCUGAGCGGCAAGUUCGAGGACGUCAUCGUUGGCUUGAUGGUGCCACCGGUCCAGUAUUUGUGCAAGCAGUUGUACAAAGCGAUGGAUGGCAUCGGCACGGACGAGAAGGCACUGAUCGAGGUACUGUGCUCGCAAAACAACGAGCAAAUGCAUCAGAUAGCGCACGCGUACGAGGAGAUGUACAAUCGACCGUUGGCCGAACACGUGUGUUCGGAAACGUCCGGCAGCUUCCGGCGUCUGCUGACGCUGAUCAUCACUGGAACACGCGAAGCGCCCGGUACGAUCGAUCCGGAUUUGGCCGUCGCACAAGCGAAGCAGUUGUAUGAUGCGGGUGAAGGAAAGUUCGGGACAGAUGAAACGGCGUUCUACAAAAUACUGGCCCACUGCAGCUUCGAUCAGCUAGAGAUCGUGUUCGAGGAGUACAAGAAGUUGACCGGAAGAACGAUCGAGCAGGCACUGAAAGCGGAGCUGAGUGGAGAUUUUUACGAUGCGCUGAGUGCGAUCGUGGAAUGCGUUCAGAUGGCACCGCACUUUUUCGCCAAAAAACUGUUCCUGGCGAUGGACGGGCUGGGCACUGAUGACAAAACUCUGAUUCGUAUCAUCAUCAGCCGUGCGGAGAUUGACCUGCAAAACAUCAAGGACGAGUUCGAGCAGAUGUACAACAAAACGCUUCUGAGCGCGGUUAAGAGCGAAACAUCCGGCGACUACAAGCGUGUUCUGUGCGCUCUCAUUGGCAAAGCUUAACACAGAUCCAUUGUGGCUCUUUUUACAUCACUUAACUACAUAUAUGGAAGAAACGCAUACAUUCUAUGUUAAUCUCAGAUCAAGUCGUCUGCCAAGUGCCAACAUAUUUAUGCUGAAAAACCGUGACACAUUCUCCUAUUGCUGUAACUGUUUACAUCGUAUUUCAUCUGUACUGUUUUCGGUAUGUGAAGGAAAAAAAAUAAAAUAAACCAUGCUU